UUACGUAUUUUGCACAAAGCUCGUGCUCGUCGAUCGUCAAUCUCAGGGUGCGCUCGUGCAAACUCAUCCAGCCUCAAAUCACCAACCAACAGCAAUACAGUGACAUCUCUGGAACGACGUGAAACCUAUCUGCGUCGUUUGCAUGAUAUAUGGCCCGACCACGAUUCCCAUUCGGACGAUCCACGUGCAGCGUCUUCUCCCUAUCCGAUUGUGUCCGUUGAUCGUCCACCCCCACCUGUUGUCCCGUGCGUUUAUACCAGUCCAAUGGAAUGCCCCUUGUCCUUGCUCUCGUUUGUCAGUGAGAGUGUCUGUGCGAUCCAGUCACAAACAACCCGUCCGUCUCCGAACAAUGUGCCAUCACAAACCUCCACAUCAAAGUCCACACAUCCUGGGACAUUGGUUCCAUGUAACCGAGAGCUCAUGGUCGAGGUGCACUCAGCUGCGGAACAUGAAUUGCGCUUGCCUGUCGCUUUAUCCAGUUGUCCAAGUCUGUCGGACACGCAUCAAUCAUUCCCUGGAGUCGAGUCACCACAGGCACCCACGUUUCCUUUGUUCUCGCCGUCAUUGUCUCCCUCGUCCUGUUCCACCAUUUCGGCUAAUGGUGGCGUUGUCAGUGGCUUCAUUUCCCGGUUCUCUGGCCCAAACGCACGCACGUCUGUCUCAUCUCGAUCAGGAACGAAAACCAAGGAGUUGUCUCAAGGCAGAACCACGAAAUCGAAAGACACCGUCUCCUAUUCCUCAUCAUCCUCUUCUUCCCGGUCCUCCUCAGGGCAUCCUAAACGACCUAGUGGAUCUCGUGGCGGUCGCCAGACCUCGAGCAAAAAACAAUCAUCCCAGCCUCAAUCUUUACGCAAACGUGAAGCCAAUUCGACUCAGUCCAUCUCAGCCAAUACCGUACUGAAAGGCGCUGUGUCUGAGGUUGUGCGCACCGGGGAUCGAGACGAAAAUCGUCGACGCAGGACGCGUGCUCCCAAGCUUCAGUCGCCUCAGUCUCUAUCCGGAGAUCCGGCUAAUUCUCGUCCCAGCACAUGGGAGCAACUUCGUGUCGUCGUCCGCGAUUCUGAUGCGGCCAGUUUGCCGGACGCGACAGAAGGAUCAAUCAUAUUCUUUAGCCCACAACGGGUGCAUCGGUUGCGAUUGAUAUCUUCUGGUUCUCACUACUGGAAAAUAGAUUCCACAAAUGAAAUUGAUCCGGUCAAAUCCGAGGCCAAUACGAAAAAGGAAUACAACGGUGUAACAUGUUAA